UGUUUCGUACAUUUUGUUGUAUAUUUAUUUUAUUUUUCGUAAAAAACGUGCGUCCUUAUAAUAUUUUAUUUUUUCUUGUAACCUAUUCUAUAAAAAUGUUAUAAUACUUAACUUAAUAGUUAAACGAAUAGCCGUUGUGUGGUAUCAACCGUGUUUGAUUUUUGUCAGAGCUGUACAAAUAUUUUCAUUGCCAAUUUAUUGUAAAAUAGGCAUAUAUUUUUUUAAAAAAAGUGAAUUCCUUCGUUAUAGGUUUAAGGACGUUACGUAAUUACUCGUUAUUUAACAUAUAUUAUAUUAUUAGUACAUCGAAAUAGAUACCAAGGACCGGUUUUGAUGCGUUUAGGUAUGCCGUUGGUCGACCAUCCGCAUGCUGACCGCCUUAGUUGAACAACUACGGCCGAGCGGCACGCUCACCCCAUCCAGGUGUACUGUAGUCGACGAAAUAUCGUAUUGAAACAAUUUUUUCCUCCUGAAAAUGACGUCCACGCUUUCGCUGGUCAAGCAAUCGUUACCGGACAUCGUGGAAGCCGGUGCGUUCGGUACCGGUCUUCGGUUCGAAUCGUUCGUGGAGGACGGCGACAAGGCGGGACAGGAUCAGUACGCGUCCAUCGUGGUGUUCGGCGACCUGUCCCUGUCGGGCGGCCAGCGUCUACAGUUGGUGGUCAAGUUCAAACACCGGUCGCCGUUGCUGCGUCUAGUGUUCAAAAGCGACCAGCAGUUCCACAACGAGAUCGUCAUGUACGAGCGGAUCAUACCGUUCCUGGAACAGUGCAACGGCCCGGCCGCAGCACCGAUGUUUCCGCGUUACUUUUACGGACGCAACGUUUGCGGCGAACUGGCGUUGGAGGACAUGGUCGUUUUGGAAAACGUUUGCCCAUCGGGAUAUCGGUUGUCCGAGGAGCGAGUCUUUCUCGACUAUCAGCACGUCAAGAUCGCGUUGAUCGCAUUGGCAAAAUUUCAUGGUCUGUCGUAUACGGCAAAGCAGAAAGACAACGAGAGGUUUUUAAAAACACUCGCCGAUAUGCAGGAAUCGCAGUGGUCCGAAGACGGCCAGUGGGUGGUCAGGGAUAACGGUAUGACGAAAAUGGGCAGAAGGGGAGUGGACCUGCUAAUCGAACGAGACGCGGAAAAGUACCGGGACAACGAGCACGUACGGAGGCUGUCCGAGUUCAUGAAAGACCCGGACAAGAACUUGCGGCGAAUGAUGAACGUGCACGAUCCGCUGUCGGUUCUUUGUCACGGCGACUUUUGUCGGAACAACAUGAUGUUCAAGUACGACGAGGCGGGCAAGCCGGUAGACGCGCUGCUGUUCGAUCUGGCCAUGAUCCGGUACGGGUCGCCGGCAUUUGACCUGUCGUUCUUUUUGUACUUGAACACCGACAGGCAGCUGCGGAACGAACGGUGGGACAGUCUGAUUGACGCCUACUGUUCGGCACUUGCCGAGUCCGUGCCGGACGGCGUAAACGUGCCGGAUCGGGCGCGCGUGGACGCCGAAAUCGCCAAGUACGCCGUGUACGGGUUGUCGCACGUCACCUUCUUCUUGCCGAUCAUGGUGGACACCGAACACGUAAUGGACCUGAGCAAGUAUGGCACGGUGUCCGCAGACGAUUGGCUAGACUUACUGAUGGCCAUGGGCGGCGCAAAGGGUAAGGCAUUGGUAGCCGACGUGUACGAGCACGUGGUCAACAUGGGAUUCACCGAUUUUGAAUUGUGAGGAUGACGUGGUGACCGCGCAUACAGGAUGAUUGACCAAUGGUGAGUCAAGUGCUGUGCAAACCACUGAAGGAUAAUAACGUUUGUAUACGACUUAGGCUCGCCCUAGUAGAUCACCUUGUAUGCGUCACGAAGGACAGUCGCUUUUGCAGGUAACAUAGCGAUACGAUAAUAUAUGAGUUUAUUGUAAACUAUAUUGGAAAACCUCUUCAAACGCGCUACUCUUAAUCGUGUUAAUAUUUUUAUAAAUAAACAAAUUUCAGCAAUUUUA